AUGGAGGGACGCCCAACGAAAAGAAGACGAUUUUUUACAGAAAAGGCUGAGGGUUUCGAGCCUUCACAAGGGCAGGAGGCGACAAAUGUACCUGACGGAGUCGACGCGCUGCCUCCAGCAAUUGAGAUUCCGAUAAACGAAACCGCAGAACAAGAUCCACAAGAUGAUCCAGUCAGAGAACAAGAGGCCUUUGCUGGAGACUCGCAGUCGCAGACUAUAUUCAACCAGGAAACGCUCGAAAGCUUUAUCGGCGACAAGGUGACUCCCGAAGUACUGAAGAGGUUGCGAGAGGCAUCUGGAAAUGAUAUCGAGAGAGCUGUGAAUAUGUACUUUGAUGGAUCAUGGAAAGAGUCUACAGUCGUCUCAGGGCUCGCUCGGUCUUCGUCGAACCCUAAGGGCACUGUUAGUUCAUUUAUGAAGCCUGCCAACGUCUCUCAACCAGUCUCUCCAAAAUCAAAUGGCUCGUCAAGAACAGUCUCGCCACAUCGAAUCAUGCCAGAAUACCGGUAUAUAGGAGCUUUUGGGGUUGGGGGUUGGGCUACAAAGAGUGGGACAAAUCUCAUCAAGCAUGACGAAGUUGUCCGGAUAGAACGUCAAAAGAUACAACCACCUAAGGCGCCGGUUGGAAGGGGGAAAAGCAAAACUUUAGUUGCUCAGACACUACCCAAACCUAACAGCGCGGCGGCUCGGCGUGUCGAUGUAAUUGUACGCUUUACCAAUUCACAGGGAUUUGAGGUUGGCCGCCUUCCUCGCGAAACCGCAAACUGGGUUUCUACAUUGAUUGAUCAAAAAAUAUGCAAGUUUGAGGGUACAUGUGUAUACGCACCGGAAAGAAUUCGUACCAAUGAUACUGUAUUUCUCCAGCUCCGAUGCUCAUUAUUAAAGACUGCUUUCAAUGACCGCGGCUUUCAGGCGCCGGACAACCGGACUACUGGGCUUUUUGAAGAAAAGGAAAGUUCUGAAGAAAAAGAUUUAAGACUACGUCAGGUCGCGUUAGUAAAGUUAUUCGAGGAGAUCAACCUACUUCCCUCUCAAACGAAUGAAGCAAUGGCGAAACAUAAGCGUCAGGGGCUUCUGAGUGCUGCAGAGGCAGCUGAACAUUAUGAUAAAGACGAAUCUAAAGUUCCCGAGUCGGGCGGUUCUACUCCCCCGUCUGAGGAAGCGGAGGAUGGAAAAGAACUUGAGCAGGACCAACUUGACACUCUAUACAGCAAAGCUCAAUCCUUUGAUUUCAAUGCGCCUGAGGCUGAGCCCGCAGAAAGUUUUGCGAUGGAUCUGCGACCAUAUCAAAAGCAAGCAUUAUAUUGGAUGAUGGCGAAGGAGCGCGAUGAGAAAGAUAAGAAGAGAGAAGCCUCGAUGCAUCCGCUGUGGGAAGAAUAUGCGUGGCCCUUGAAGGACAUGGAUGAUAAAGAGGUUGUUCAGGUGGCCGAUCAAAAUAAUUUCUAUGUCAACCCAUAUUCUGGUGCGCUUUCCUUGGAGUUUCCUCUUCAAGAACAACAUUGUCUUGGAGGUGUUCUUGCCGAUGAGAUGGGUCUGGGAAAAACAAUUGAGAUGAUGAGUCUUAUUCACUCUAACAAGUCUGAUGUGGCCAUGAAACUCGAUGAGAAACUCUCCAAGGUCACAUCCGUGAAUAGUCUUCCUCGACUUCCAGCCAAUUCAUCAUAUGUAGAAAGGGCUCCUUGUACAACUCUUGUGGUGGUACCCAUGUCGCUACUUGCUCAAUGGCAGAGUGAAGCCGAAAAUGCUUCUAAAGAUGGGACCAUGAAGAGUAUUGUUUACUAUGGUAGUGAUAAAACUGCAAAUCUUCAGGCUCUUUGCUGUGAGGCUAAUGCUGCAUCAGCUCCUAAUGUUGUCAUUACGAGUUAUGGUGUCAUUUUAUCCGAAUUCAAUCAAGUUACUGCCAGGAACGGUGAUAGAGGUGGUCAUGGCGGUUUAUUUUCUCUCUCAUUCUUCCGUGUGAUUCUGGACGAAGCUCAUCAUAUCAAAAACAGGCAGUCCAAAACUGCGAAAGCAUGCUAUGAAAUUGCUGCUGAGCAUAGAUGGGCACUCACUGGUACACCCAUCGUCAAUCGAUUAGAAGAUCUUUUCAGCUUGGUCCGAUUCUUAAGAGUGGAACCUUGGAACAAUUUCUCCUUCUGGAAAACAUUUAUCACAAUCCCAUUCGAAUCUAAAGACUUCAUGCGCGCCCUCGACGUCGUUCAGACAGUCCUUGAACCCUUGGUACUUCGCCGGACUAAGGAUAUGAAAACGCCAACCGGAGAAGCAUUGGUUCCUCUACCCAAGAAGACGAUCGAAAUCGUCGAAAUCGAACUAUCAGAACCUGAACGCGAAGUCUAUGAUCACAUCUUCACGAGAGCCAAGCGUACCUUCUCAGCCAACGUAGAAGCAGGCACCGUUCUCAAGGCCUACACCAGCAUCUUUGCUCAAAUACUCCGACUUCGCCAAUCAUGCUGUCAUCCCAUCCUCACCCGCAAGCAAAACCUAGUCGCAGAUGAAGAAGAUGCCGCCGAAGUCGCCGACGCCGCAAGCGGUCUCGCUGACGACAUGGACCUUCAGAAUCUCAUUGAGCGCUUCAAGCUCAACGAAGAAGCCAUCGAUACCCAUACAUUUGGUGCGCACGUGCUCGAACAAAUCCGCGACGAGGCCGAAAAUGAAUGUCCCAUCUGCUCCGAAGAACCCAUGAUGGAACAAACCGUCACCGGUUGCUGGCACUCGGCUUGUAAGAAAUGUCUCCUCGAUUACAUCAAACAUCAAACCGACAAAGGCGACGCACCCCGCUGUUUCAGCUGUCGCGAAUCCCUCAACUCGCAUGACAUCUUCGAGGUGGUGAAAGAUGAAGGUCAUCCCGAAAGCAGAGACGGUAAACCUAAAAUCAGUCUUCAGCGCCUCGGCGCCAUCGGUUCCGCUAAAAUCGCCGCUCUCCUAACUAAUCUCAAAACUCUCCGCAAGGAUUCCCCCUCCAUUAAGUCCGUCGUCUUUAGCCAAUUCACCUCAUUUCUCUCCUUAAUCGAACCGGCCCUCACGCGUUCCUCGAUCCCUUUCCUCCGCCUCGAUGGAUCCAUGUCGCAAAAAGCUCGCGUGGCGGUCCUCACACAAUUCAAAGAUUGUGCGGGGGGAGUGGUACUCUUACUUAGCUUGAGGGCUGGCGGCGUGGGUCUUAAUUUGACGAUGGCGAGGCGUGUUUUUAUGAUGGAUCCGUGGUGGAGUUGGGCGGUGGAGGCGCAGGCUAUUGAUCGCGUGCAUAGGAUGGGACAGGCGGGUGAGGUGAGGGUGCAGAGGUUUAUUGUGAAGGGGAGUGUGGAGGAGAGAAUGUUGAGGGUGCAGGGGAGGAAGAGGUUUAUUGCGAGUUCCCUUGGCAUGAUGAGUGAUGAGGAGAAGAAAUUACAGCGCAUUGAGGAUAUCAAGGAACUUCUUUCUUAG